AUGGACGACGUUGAUGAUAUUCUGAACAAUAACCAAGUAGUGGAUGAUGAGGAAGAUGAUGAAGAGAUGCUAAGCGGACUUGAGAACGACUCUAAGCAGGAUCUUGAGGGGAACGAUGAUGGUGACGACGACGAUGACGACGAGCAGGAAGAAGAAGAGGAAGAUGAUCAUGACGAUGAUGCGGCGAAAGUGGAUAAGACCAGUACGGCGACCAGUAGCCAGCAGGUUAAUGAAAAGCUUACUGCUGACGCAGCCGAUGGUGUCACCAAGACCGAAUUCGAAGACGUCAAAUUGAGUGAUGUUGAUGGAGGAUUGGGCUCACGUGAGGCAUCUUCAUCUAAAAGCGAAGCCUCUGCUGAUGGAGAAGUUUUUGAGUAUUAUAAGCACAUGUUACAUUCUGCGCAGAUUGCGGAUUCGUACAAUAUCUACCCAACGGCGGCCAUACCCAUUCAAACACACGUUAAUGCUCUAGCUGUAUCCAGAGGCCUUAAGUAUCUAUUCUUGGGCGGUAGCGAUGGAUACAUAAGGAAGUACGAUUUGCUGAACACCCUUGAAGGGAAACUGUCUCUGACGAUUUUGCAGAAGCAUUCGUUGGCUGAAUCUAUUCAGAAUGCUGGUAUUUUACAGUCGUACUGGGAGAAUGAGAUUCCACAGAAAAAAUCAGAAAUGAAACUUUCUGCGAACAAGGCAGAUUACGAGCCCAAAGUAAGUGCUGUUCACUCUUUAGAAGUCCAAAGUGAGUGCCUCUUUAUAUUGAGUGGGUUGCAAAAUGGUGGGAUAACUAUGCAGGGUGUUCGCUAUAUGGAGGGAAGCAUUGCACACUAUUUCAAGGGUAGGAAUGGUCACAACCAAAUUGUCAAUAUAUUAAAAUUGAACGGUCAAGAGGACCGAUUUUUGAGUGGUUCUUGGGACAAACGUCUUUUGGAAUGGGAUUUGCAAACGGGCGAUAUUGCCAAUGAGUUCAAAAAAUCAAGAUCUGAAUUGUCAUCUUUGGAAAUGCGCCCGCUGUAUUCCUCUGUGGAUGUGUCCAGUAAUGUCAACAGUAGUAAAGAGAGCGAAAAUGCAGAUGACGAUAUGGACUCUCUGUUUGGUGAUGAAGACGAAGAGGAAAAGCAAGAUGUUGGUAACGAACCCAUCGAGAAGGGUGAAGAUUCUCGUAGUGGUGAGAAUAAAGAACAGAUAUCCAAAGAAUCUUUAAAUAUAGUCUACGAUGAAUCUGUUUUUAUGACCUCUGGUUUGAAUGGAUCUGUAUAUAUAUGGGAUCGACGCAUGACGCAGUCGCCAGCGUCUUCCCUGGAAAGAGCUCCAGGUGUCCCACCAUGGUGUCUGUCAGCUUGUUGGAGUGUAGAUGGUGAUCACGUAUAUGCAGGGAGAAGAAAUGCUUGUGUGGAGCAGUUCGAUCUGAAAAUGCCCUCAAAACCUCUCCAUAACUUGAAGUUACCGUCCAUUUCGGGACCUGUCUCCUGCGUUAAAGCCAUGCCUAAUAACAAGCAUAUUUUAUGUGCAUCGAGGGAUAACAUUAGACUGUACAAUGUCGAACUUGCAGUGGCUGCUGCGAACUCUGCUACAAAGAGUUCUAAAGUGCCGUUUUUGAUUGUUCCCGGACAUCACGGUGGUAUCAUAUCAAACUUAUACCUCGACCCAACUUCAAGAUUUCUAAUAAGUACGAGUGGCAAUAGAGGAUGGCAGGGGAAUUCCACUGACACCACCCUUAUUUACGAUAUAGACUUAGAAUAG